AUGAGGCUAAAGAUCCUGAAAAAACAUCGAAUUUUCGUACCAGCUUCAUCUCACUUCUGUGCGCAACACAAAGAUGCCUCAUGGAACGAUUAUCAGACACCGAUGUAUAAUUACUCGAAAGAUCAAGUUGAAGAAAUGGUCGAUUUGCUAUUAAAUGAUGAAAAUCUACCAGAAAUUCGAGCAACGUCUGAUGACGAAAUGCGCACCUGCACCGGAUUGAGUCAUGCUCAAUUUGAUAUUCUGUUGUCUGAACUUCCAACUUUAACAGCAACAUACAAAAGCAAGGAUAUUGCCAAAGUUGUUCUAAUGGCAUUUUUGAAGCGAAUGAGAACCGGUCAUACGUAUGAUCAAAUAAGAUACAGCCUUGACCUCAGCUAUAAAACAGUAAAAAAGUAUAUCAACGCAGCACGUGCAUCAUUGCUAUCUGAUUUUGUGCCAAAACACCUGGGAUUUGGAACAUUUAGCCGAGAGUUUUUAAUUGCAAAUACCACCGAAAUGGCAAAGCGAUUAUACACAUCUCAGGAUGACACUUUGGUGACAAUUUGGGAUGGAACGUAUAUAUAUUGCAAUAAAAGUCAAAACCAUGAAUUGCAACGACGCACCUACAGCGGACAGAAGUGUCGAAAUUUAGUUAAGCCGAUGGUUUGUGUUUCAUCCAAUGGGUUAUACAUUGACAUUUUUGGUCCCUUUGAAGCCACACAAAAUGAUGCAUCAAUCAUGAAAUUUGUGUUUGAUAAACAUGCUGACCCAAUUAUGAACAAGUCUAAGCCUGGAGACGUUUAA